AUGAACGAUGCAGUUAAUUUGUUCAAAGUUGAAUAUGAGGAUUGGAUUCGAAACUGGCCUAGGGCUCCCAGUUCAGAUGUUACUAAGUUGACUGCUAGAGUCAUUUCUUUAUGGAAAACUCCUGAUCGAUAUCUUCCACAUGUGUUAUCUUGCAUGGAGAUUAUUUUGGUGGAUAAUGAGGGUGUUAAGAUUCAAGCAUCAGUUUCUAAGUUGCAGGAUGGAAAUUUUGACCUCGAGGUUGGCUUUGUUUAUAAGAUAUCAUCUUUUAAGGUGAUUCCAAAUGAUCGUCAUGUUCGUCUUACGAACAACAGAUUCAGGCUAUUAUUCAAUGUUGAAACAAACAUUUUUCUAUCUGGAGAUCCUUCAAUACCUCGUGAAGCAUGGUCCUUUGUUGACUCAGCAGAAAUAGAAAGAUCUAUGGGAACUUUCCCACACUUGAUUGAUUUUAUGGGGUUGUUGACUGCUGUGUCAACUGUUAGGCGUAUUAUUGUCCAAGGAAGGGUUUACAAGAUGAUAGUUAUGCAAAUUGUGGAUCCAACUGGUUUGGUUCGUUGUUUGCUGCUUGGUGAAAUGGUUGAUUUAUUGAUGAUGGAGCUGUCUUCAAACUGGAUCAAUCGGCCCAUUGUCAUUCUUCAGUAUUUCCGAGCCAAAUAUAUUCGGGGUGGAAUUAUUCUUCAAAACGUUCCUCAUUUUUCAAGUCUAUAUAUUAACACUAGUUUUGAGGCUGUGUCUUCAUUUUCCCGCAGGUUGAUUGCAUAA